AUGAGGUUCUUCAGCCGUGUUGGCGCCGGUGCGGCCCUCCUGGCCGCCGUCUCCUUCCUCGAGGGAGUCGCAGGCCAGACCGACUGGACGAGUCCGGAUACCGGCAUCGUCUACCAGUCGUACACGGGCUCUACUGGCAUGACGUACGGUAUUGCUCUGCCUACCAACUCACUGACUGUGGACGCCACCGAGUACCUCGGCUACAUUAACUGCCCGACGCCCGCCGGCGAGGACCAGGGAUGGUGCGGUCUCUCACUCAUGCCCAGCAUGACCAACAGUCUGCUGUUCAUGGCACACCCGUACGAGGGCGAGGUCCUGACUUCGUUCCACUUUGCCACUUCGCGCGAGUCGGUCGAGAACUACAAGGGACAAGCCACAAUCACGCAAAUCACAUCACGCGUCACCGCGACUGGCUUCAGCCUCGAAUACCGCUGCCAGAACUGCUUCAACUGGGAGCAGGACGGCUUCGUCGGCGGUCAUGCCACGACCCAGGGCUUCAUCGUCACCUCGUGGGCCCUCUCCAACAAGGCACCCGGCAACGCCGUCUGCCCUUCGGCCCUCGUCAUUGAGCAGCACGCGAGCCAGGGCAUCAACGGCGGCGCCAUCACGCCCGGGUUCACCAACGCCAACUAUGCCACCUGGGCGCAGCUCGCCAACAAGGUUGUCACCGGAAACUGUGGCGGCGGCACACCCACCUCUACCGGCGGCGCUGGCCCGACUACAACGUCGGUGCCCGAGACGCCCGUCACGGGUGUUCCAGUCCCCAACACGGCCUACGACUACAUCAUUGUAGGCUCUGGCGCUGGUGGUAUCCCUCUUGCCGACAAGCUCAGCGAGGCCGGCCACAAGGUACUGCUGAUUGAGAAGGGUCCUCCCUCUUCGGGGCGCUGGGGUGGCAAGCGUGGCCCGACCUGGCUCGCGAACACGAAUCUGACCCGAUUCGAUGUGCCGGGUCUCUGCAACGAGAUCUGGCACGACUCGGCCGGCAUUGCUUGCCGUGAUACUGACCAGAUGGCCGGCUGUGUCCUCGGUGGUGGCACUGCCAUCAACGCUGCCUUGUGGUGGAAGCCCUAUGCUGCUGACUGGGACUACAACUUCCCCGCCGGAUGGAAGGCUAGCGAUGUCGCCGCCGCCCAGCAGCGCGUCUUUAAUCGCAUCCCCGGAACCACAAGGCCAUCGCGGGACGGCGUCAUCUCCCUCCGUGCCGGCAUGGACGUGCUCCGUAACGGUCUCGCCGCUGCUGGCUGGAGGGACACGGACUUCAACGCCAACCCGAACGCGAAGAACCGCACCUUUGGAUACACGCCCUACAUGUACUCAAACGGCGAGCGCGGCGGUCCCAUGGCCACGUACCUCGUCACCGCCAAUGCGCGCUCAAACUUCAAGCUCAUCAUGAACACCCAGGUGAGGCGCGUCAUCCGCUCGGGCGGUCACGUUACGGGCGUCGAAGUCGAGCCAUACCUGGAUGGCGGCUUCCAAGGUGUCAUUCCCCUGACUGCCGUGACCGGUCGUGUCAUCCUGUCCGCGGGCACAUUUGGCAGCGCCAAGAUUCUGCUGCGCAGCGGAAUUGGCCCAACUGACCAGCUCGAUGUUGUCUCCAACUCGACGCGUGAUGGAUCGACGAUGAUCUCUCGCAACCAGUGGAUCAACCUGCCUGUCGGCUACAACCUCGAGGACCACACCAACACCAAUGUUGUGCUCGAGCACCCCUCCGUCCAGUUCUAUGAUUUCUACACCGCCUAUGACGGCACGGCCCCGUACCAGGCCGAUAUCCAGAAGUACCUGACCCAGCGCAGUGGCAUUCUCGCCCAGUCCGCCCCCAACAUCGGACCUCUCUUCUUUGAGGAGAUUCGUGGCGCCGACAACGUCGUUCGUCAGCUCCAGUGGACCGCCCGCAUGGAAGCCAGUGAGGGCGAGGUAGAUGGCAGUGCCCUGACCAUCUCCCAAUACCUCGGCCGCGGCGCCAAGUCUCGCGGCCGCAUGACCAUCACCCCAGCCCUCAACACGGUCGUCUCGACGAUCCCGUACCUCAUCGACACGAACGACAAGGAGGCCGUGAUCAAGGGUAUCGAGAACCUGCAGCGCGCGCUCGCCAACGUGCCGAACCUCAAGUGGCUCCACCCGGCCCCGGGCACGACGGCGCGCCAGUACGUCACGAACAUGGUCGUGUCGCCGAGCAACCGGCGCGCGAACCACUGGAUCGGCACCAACAAGCUCGGCAACCAGGACGGCCGUAUCAACAACGGCGACUCGGUCGUCGACACGAACACGCGUGUCUACGGCACCGACAACCUCUUCGUCGUCGACGCCUCCAUUUUCCCCGGCAUGGUGACCGCCAACCCGUCCGCCUACUUUGUCGUCGCCGCCGAGCACGCCGCCGCCAAGAUCCUCGCGCUCCCCGCCGGCAAGGGCCAGCCUAUCUACCAGCAGUGCGGCGGCCUCGAGUGGAGGGGCAGCUUCCAGUGCGCUGCCGGCCUCAAGUGCGUGGACCUGAACCCAUACUACAGCCAGUGCCUCAGCAGCUGA